GACCAAUCACGGUCGAGCUCUCAUAUCCACGGACCCACAUCCGAUUUGAAAACAUUUCAGAGAUAUAACGGGACGGAUUUAGACUUCUACUGCGAAAUUGGACUUGUUCCUAUUAAAUUCACUUUGAGGAAGAAUUAUUAUUGCAGCUGAUCACCUGACCCUACACUGACCACCUGACCAUAUACUGAUCACCUGACCAAUGAGGCAUUAUGGGAGAUGAUCAAGAAUAUCUGAAGCUUCCUAUUGAUGAACAAUGUGUUCAUAAGGUUUGGAAAGCCCGUCUCCAUGGCUACGAGGAGGCGGCCAAACUGUUCAAAAAGAUCAGUGAUGAGAAGAGUUCAGAGUUCACCAAGUACGCUGGAUUGGUGAAGAAGUUUGUGACUGAUAGCAAUGCCGUAGCGCAGGAGAAAGGACUGGAUGCCGCACUGGCCUUCUUAGAUUGCGCUCAUAUAGCACCAAAAACUGUAGGUGAAGUCACCGCAGGUGUGGUUGCUAAAUGUCUGAACUCAUCGAGAACCAAGACCAGAGAGAAGGGCAUGGAGAUUCUUAUGGUGUACAUAGAGCUAGAGAAACAAGAACAAGUUAUGGAGGAACUGUUGAAGGGACUCACCAACAAGCAACCCAAGAUCGUCGCUGCCUGCCUGGAGGUCAUGGCAUCGGCCGUCAGAGAGUUCGGGUCAAAGGUCAUCACGCUGAAACCUGUCGUCAAGUCGGUUCCGAAGGUCCUGGAGCACAGCGACAAGAACGUGAGAGAGAAGGCCAAGCAGCUUGCCAUCGAUCUCUAUCGAUGGAUCGGUGCUGCCAUGAAACCCAGCUUACAGAAUAUCAAACCUGUGCAGUUGAAAGAGUUGGAAGAGGAGUUUGAAAAACUACCAGGCAAGCCUGCCAAGCAGACAAGAUUCCUCAAAUCACAGCAGGACCUCAAGGCCAAAGCGAUGGCUCAGGAUGACGCUGACGAAGAUGAAGAUGAGGAAGAUGAAGCGGAUGCAGCAGGUCCUGCAGUAGAUCCCUAUGAUCUCCUAGAGCCUGUGGAUAUCCUCUCCAAGUUACCCAAAGACUUCUAUGAAAACAUGGAAGCCAAGAAAUGGCAGACGAGAAAGGAAGCUUUAGAGGCUCUACAACCCUUGACAGCUAACCCCAAGAUAGAACCGGGAGACUUUGCAGAACUUGUCAGGGUUCUUAAGAAGACGAUAGCCAAGGAUACCAAUGUGAUGAUCGUCGCCAUCGCAGGGAAGUGCAUGGCAGGCAUCGCCUUGGGAAUUCGCAAGAAAUUUGCUCCAUAUGCAGUAGCAUGUAUAUCCUCAAUUCUAGACAAGUUCAAGGAGAAGAAAAUAAAUGUAGUUACAGCCUUGAGAGAGGCUAUAGAUGCUAUCUUUCCAUCAACAACGUUCCAGAACAUUCUUGAAGACGUCCUAGCCGCACUUGACAACAAGAAUCCCUCGAUAAGAACAGAGACAGCGUUGUUCCUGUGUAGAGCGUUCAGACAGUGUACUCCGGCAACGCUUCCUAAAUCCAUACUCAAACCACUCUGUGCAUCAUUAGUCAAAAAACUAGCUGAUACCACACCAGACUGCAGGGAAGCCUCGUCUGAAGCCUUGGGGACAGCGCUGAAGGUGGUCGGAGAGAAACCAAUGAACCCCUUCCUGGCCGAUCUAGAAAAAAUCAAAUUAGACAAGAUCAAGGAAUACAGUGAGAAGGUAGAGCUAGCCCACGGCGGAGGGAAGAAGAAAUCCAAGGAACCCAAAGCAGAGGCAGGUCCUUCCAAGGAGGCUCCUGCUGCUAAGGCCUCCACCUCCAAGGCUCCUUCUAAGGCUCCAGCUAAGAGUGCCGGAAGCAGACCAGGAACCGCCAAAUCAAAGCCAAAGACCGAUUCGGGCGCAGCUAAAGGAGGUAAAGCGGUGAAAGGAGGGAAGAAAAAAGCACCAAAGAACGAGGGUCAAGAUGACAUGAAAUCAGAACCUUUAUUAACGGAUGAGGAGGUAGAGGAGAAGGCUGCAGCAUUGCUCUCAUCGUCAAUCCUAACUCAACUGGCCUCUAGUAAUUGGAAAGAAAGAUUAGCAGCCAUGGAAGAAUUCACAAAGAAAGUAGAGAAUAUGGAGAAAAAUGUCAUCAACGCUCAGGUAUUUGUCCGAGUUCUUGCCAAGAAACCAGGGUUUAAAGAGGCCAAUUUUCAGGUGAUGAACGCUAAGAUAUGUCUCGUCGGCUUCCUUGCCGAGAAAGCUAGAUUCUCUCGUCGGUGUGCUCAGGUCGUCAUAGCUCCUCUCAUUGACAAGGUCGGUGACAUCAAAUCAGGGUCAAAGGUCAAGGAAUCACUGACAGCGAUCGCCGAAGCUUGCCAGCUUGGAUAUGUUGCAGAAGAGACGAUAACGUAUGCCUUUGAGAAGCAGAAGAACCCCAAGAACCAGGCAGAGUCUCUGAACUGGUUUGCACAAGCCAUACAGGAAUUUGGUUUCUCAACGGUUACACCCAAGAAGGUAAUUGGGUUCAUCAAGACAGCGUUAGCAGCAGUCAACCCACAGGUCAGGACGUCGGCAAUCACGCUAUUAGGUGUGAUGUACAUGUACAUGGGAGCCAACCUACGUAUGCUGUUUGACGGAGAAAAGGCCGCCCUCUUAGCUCAGAUUGAUGCUGAAAUUGAGAAGGUUUCAGGUCAGAAGCCUCCUGCCCCUUUCCGCGGGAUCUCCAAGAAGGACGACAAAGGCGAUGACGACGGCGAUGAUGAAGAGGAGGACGAUGAAGAUGGAGGAGGAGGUGGAGGAGGAGGAAUGAACGUGGCCGAUUUGAUCCCGAGAACGGAUAUAUCUGGUCAGAUUACCGCCGAGCUCGUCGCAGAGAUGGGGGAUAGCAAGUGGAAGAUCAGGGGCGAGGCGUUAGAGAAGGUGACUGGUAUCUUGAAGGAAGCAAAAUUCAUCACGCCAAGCCUGGGGGAUCUACCCACAGCACUGAAAGCAAGACUAGGGGAUUCCAAUAAAAAUUUGGCGCAGACAACAGCGAACAUCUUAGCAACGAUAGCAACGGCCCUGGGUCCUGCCUCAAAGCAGCAUGUGAAAACUUUUGCCGCCGGACUGCUCUUACUCUGUGGGGAUAGUAAGCCUUCUGUGAGGGCCGCUGCUGUAGCAUCACUAACCGCAUGGGAGGAACAGACUGGAUUAGCACCGUUUAUUGAAGAUGAGAUUCUUAUAUCUGUAUUAGCUAAAGAUAAACCUGUAUUGAGAGCUGAGAUCUUUGGUUGGUUAGAAACGAGGAUGGGGAAGUACAGAUCGUUACCGUCCGACCUCUCUCAGACCGUACCUCACCUGUUUGCUGGUUUGGAGGAUAGGAAUGCAGACGUCAGGAAGAAUGCGACAGCCGUUCUACCUCUCUUCAUGAUGCAUCUGUCAUAUGAGAAGAUGGUCAAGAUGACUGGAAAGCUAAAGCCAUCAUCUAAGGACCAGGUUGUUGGGAUCAUGGAGAAACAACGCCCUAACAUUCCCGCCAAGCCAGGCAAACCAGAGAAGGCCACCAAGGCUCCCAAGAAGGAGUCCUCAAGACCUUCCACAGCGGCUCCUGCUGCAGAGGAACCCGAACCCAAGAAAGAAUCCGCUCCAACCAAACGACCAAAGACCGCACCGGCUAAGCCAGUGCAAAAUGACACUGGAUCUACCAGUAGCCUGUCAAGCUCUGCCAGUGCGCCACCAAGUGAGGGCGCCCCAUCCAAGGGCAAGCCGGGCAAAGGGGCGGCGACAGCGUCGAAGGGAAAGGCAGGAAAAGCUGCUCCAUCUUCUAAGAAGAAGAAAGACGAAGACGAGGAUACGGGACCGGCUGUUAUUCAGAACAAUGGCAAAGACAGGAGAUUAAAAGAUGAAUCAGAUCUCAAGGUUCUGAAAUGGAAUUUCACGACCCCUCGUGGCGAGUACGUUGAUCAGCUGAAGGAUCAGAUCCAGCCGUGUGUUAGCAAGACUCUCUUUGGACUCCUCUUCCACAGUGAUUUCAAGAAACAUAUAACAGCUGUGGGCAUCCUUACACAGUUUGUAGAGAGCAAUCAGAAUGCAAUCAAAUCCAACCUUGAUGUCUUACUGAAAUGGGUAUCCCUGCGGUUCUUUGAUACCAACACUAGUGUUUUAGUGAAGGUGUUGGAGUUUCUUCGUUCAGCGUUUACCAUGCUGUCAUCAAUGGAUUACAGCCUUCUGGAUCAAGAAGCGAAUAGUUUCAUCCCUUAUCUCAUUCUCAAAAUUGGGGAUCCCAAGGAGAACGUACGUAAGGAUGUGAAAGCCGUCAUCAAGCUACUUACGAAGCUUUACCCAGCCAGUAAAAUGUUUGGAUUCCUUAUGGAUGGCCUCAAGUCCAAGAACGCAAGACAAAGAACAGAAUGUUUGGAUGAGCUAGGCAUCUUGAUAGAGCUCUAUGGUCUCAACGUCUGUCAGCCGUCCCCUCCCAAAGCACUCAAAGAGGUGGCUAGUCAGAUUGCUGAUAGAGAUAACAAUGUACGCUCGGCGGCCCUCAACACCCUCGUACAGGUCUACAGCAUUGUUGGAGAAGACGUCUAUAAAUACAUUGGGAAUUUGAAUGAGAAAGAGAUGAGUUUACUUGAAGAGAGGAUCAAGAGGUCGGGCAAGAAGCCGGCCCCGCCCAAGACCGCACCCGCCCCAGCUCAGAAGAAUGCCGAGGAGAAGACCGCCCAGCGACCCGACGCCAAGAAAUCAAACCUCCCGCCGGGCUGGAGAGACGCUUACAGGAAUCCAGGAAAGACCCAGAGACCGGCAACAGCGCCCCCUAAGCCAGCAGGGAACCAAUCCUCAAUCCCGAAGGUCUUCUCACUAGAUCUUGACAAGCUAGGUCUGAAUGAUGACGAAACGGAUCUUAAAACGUUAGAACUAGAGGAUACAGAAGUCAACGACCUUGAGAAACCGGUUGUUUUGCCAAAGAGAAAAGUACAGAUGUCAGCCAUGCCGACAAUGAUGCAACUCAACUUCAUGAUAUCACAAAUAGCCAGCAACGACAUCGCUAUCAGCAUACAGGCUUUAGCGCAAUUGGAUGAGAUCUUGAAGGAACAGGAGAAGACCAAAGCUGUAGUAGAACACGUCGAUCAGCUGCUCGUAGCGACGUCACUUCAGCUGCGUAUGGCAUUCAGUAAACACAUGGGAGAUGAGAUCAAUUCUAAAGAUGUGAUCAGAAUGUACAGGUGCCUGGCAGCUCUCCUUGUAUCGGUAUUCCAGAACAGUAACCUUAGCCAGCGAGCCUCCAAGGAUGUCCUGUGUGAUCUUAUCAACGGCCUCAUCACCGUCCUCAUCGACGACCGCCUCAUGUCCUUCGACGACGGACCCCAGGUGGUGCGAUCUUUCAACAUCGUCAUGGCAAAAGUGGUGGAAAAUGCAAACCACAAUGCGGCAAUCGGAGCUCUGAUAAAGCUCCUCCAGGAAUGUGUAGCCCGUGAAAGCGGUUCAACCAAGUUUGCUUCACUCAUUAUGAAGUGUUUAUGGAGACUAGUCCGCACCAUGCCCAACAUAAUCAACGAGCUCAACAUCGACCGUAUUCUGUUGGAUCUUCAUCAGUUCCUCAAAGCGUUCCCAUCGUCCGUCUGGCGCGAUCAGCCUAGCGAUACGCCACUCCGUACCGUCAAGACCAUCUUACACUCGCUGGCUAAGAUACUUGGCCAGAAGGUUCUGAACCACCUAACGCUGAUUCCCGAUACCAAAGAUUCCGAAGUGGAAUCUUAUCUCAAGAAGGUUCUUCGGAGCAGCUCUAGCAGCGUCAGCAGUUCAUCAAGCAACGAUCAUAUCAACGGGUCCGCUCCUGAUAUUGUCAGAAUGCAUUCCGAUAAAAAUGUGAAGCAAUCACCCCGUAGAGCUGCCCCUGCGAGGACAAAUGACCUUCUUGCGCACAUCUUCCAGAAGAUUGGAUCCAAUGAAAACACAAGAGAGGGCUUGGCCGAGCUGUAUGACUUCAAGCUGAAAUACCCCGAGGUCGACAUUGAUCCGUUCCUCAAGAAGACGUCACAAUAUUUCCAAACCUACAUCACUCAUGGUCUUCAGAACAUCGCCAAAGAGAGAGGAGAUAAGAACUUCCAUACCACCAAUGUCAUGGUCAAAGAUAGCCAACAAGAAAAUAAAUCGGAGCAAAUCAUGACGUCAAAUCCACGAUCUGUUGGCGACGGCACGGAUGGUGAGGCGAUCAACGAUCCGUUGGGACGUAUCAAGAUCUUACGCGCCCGCUGUGGCUUGGAGAACGCUCAAGAAGGGGUGAUCGAUAACGUCCCUAAGACUGCUCCCCAAGCGAAGCAGGAGAUUCCUGCUCCUCAGAUGGAAUCAUCUAAUAAAGAACCUCUGCGAGCAGGAAGUGGGCAUCAUUUUGUACCAGAGAGGAUCUCGUUAGGAAGCAGUUCGUCCAACCUUCCUGCUACCGCUCCUCAGCUCGCUCCUCUGCCGGACGUCGACGAUAUCAAGAAAAGAUUGGAAAAGAUCAAGAAUUCCUGCAAGUAAACUCUUCUCGAAACAGCUUCUAAACCUUGUACACCGAAUACAUUCAAGGACUAGACGCAAUGGACAAUACAUACACAUGAUAUUGAUGAUGGUGAUGAUUAUUUGGUUGAUGGACGGCUUCUCAAUGUUUACUCUAAGACAGAAGCUAUUGUCAGCAUCAGAUGCUAAUAUAUUUGAGAGGAUUACAUGUAAGAAUUUCUGCAAGGCAGGCGUUCCCAUGAUCAGCUUAUUAAUCUUGCAACUUAGAGAUUCAAGGACUUGUUUCUAUGAACGGCUACAGAACCAAUUUCAUUUUAAUAGAAUCAAUGAGACAUACCCUGGAGCAGCAUCUGAUCCUUGUACUUUGGCAGUUUAAGUAAAACUCACCUACAUGUAGGAACAGCUUCAUAGCCUUGUAGACUUGAGAGAGGUACAAGGACCUGCAGCUUGGGACAUCUUCUUAACUAAUUUUGCUUUGAUAGAAUCAUAUAAUCUAUCAGCGACAUGUGAUCCUUGUGGAUUUCAGAGUCAAUCGUUUCCUGCAACGAAAUUGUUUCCUUGUACAGCUUCUAAACCUUGUUGACUUAAGCGAUUCAAGAACCUACAGCUAUGGACGACCUCUAAACCAAUUUGACCUUGAUAGAAUCAGUUAUUCAUAUUUAUCACCAGCAUUAAAUCCUUGUAGAUUUCAGAGUCAAAGAAUUACUGCGAGGAAAUCAUUUCUAUGAACAGAUACUAAACCUUGCAGAUGGGAGAUAAUUCAGAAUUUAGACACAUGAACAAUUCCAAACUUUCAAAGCUGUAAUAGAAUCACUAUAAGUGUUAUAUCAGAUUCAUAUACCUUUAUAAUUGAGGUAAAUAUACAAUAGACAAUUAUAUUCUUUCUUUCAUAAUAAUGAUAAUAAUAUCUCCUUGAAAUCUAUAUGUGUAUUGUUACUAAAACUGGAGAAGAACUGUUACUAAACACAAACAGAAAUACAGUAACUGCCUGUAAGCCAGGCAAAAGAUGCCCCUUUUUGAUCGAAAAAUGUAUUUCAAGUCUUUCUCUUUUUUUUUAAACCCCGAGCUUCCUUUCAAUUUUUUUCUUUGUUUUUGUUUGUUUUGGGGAAUGUAGCAUCUAGUUUAUGCCUUCAAAAAGGUUAUUGAAAAUUCUUCAUUGUGCUUUAGAUCUUGUGGUCCCACCUACAGAUAAUGGUGUCUGUGUUGCAUUUGAAUAUCAGGGGGCAGUUUCACAAACACUGUAGUUGGACUUAAAAAGAAGACAGUUUUAUUCAAACCUAGAAACGAGCUAAAAAGAUUAACUUGACCUUAGUCCAAUCUGACAUUUUGUGAAACUCCCAAGAACAAAUUAGAA